AUGGCUGAUCUAACUACGAGAUUACCGAACCUGAACAUCACAAACGCUUACAGUGACCAAAACUCCACAAAUGAAACCCAGUGCAUUGAUUUAAAGGAUUGGGAUUGGCUCAACCGCCGCCAGCCAGUCUACUUCUUCAUCAUCACGGCGCUGGGAAUCGUGUUAAACGUCUUCGUGCUGCUGGUCUUCUGCCUCCACAAGAAGGCGUGCACGGUAGCCGAAAUCUACCUCAGCAACCUGGCGGCCGCUGAUCUUGUCCUGGUGUCUUGUCUGCCCUUCUGGGCCGUCAACAUCAGCCAAGGUUUCAACUGGCCUUUUGGAGAGGCCCUUUGCAAAGUUGUCAAUGCAGGCAUCAAGAUGAACGCUUACUGCGGCAUCUACUUCCUUGUCCUGGUUAGCAUUGAUCGCUACCUGGCUCUGGUGCAUCCGAUGUCCUACGGGCGAAUGCGUCGUCCCAAGUAUGCCAAACUGGGAUGUUUGCUGGUGUGGGGCUUGGGCUUGUUACUGAGCGCUUCAACGCUGAUUUUCAGGACGGUGAAGUAUCUUCCAAAGAAUGACAUUCGAGCUUGCCGCUUGCAUUAUCCGAGCGAAAUGGUAGAGCUGGUCUGGGACGGGAUGCUGAUCACCUUUGGCUUCAUCAUCCCAAUUUCCAUCAAUACAUUCUGCACCAUCACAAUCAUCCGGGCGCUAAAGAAACAUUCACUUGCGAGGUCCAAUGCUCAGAAGAGUGAGCAGAAGGCCACCACGCUGGUGCUGGUCGUCCUCGUAGCCUUCCUCAUCUGCUGGGUGCCUUAUCACUUCAUCAUCGCAAUAAAAAUGCUCCAUGACACAAAAAUUUUGGUAGGAUGUGCCCUCGAAAAUAAUUUAGAUAUUUGCACCCGGCUCUUUUCCUGCCUGGCUGCUUUCAACAGCGUCGUCAAUCCUAUCUUGUAUGUCAUUGUUGGGAAAAAUUUCCGGAAAAAGGUUCAAGAAGUGUGCAAACAGUGUGCCGUCAGCACGGUGACGACCGCGUCUACUCGUUCGAACACUUCCGCAACACUGAAGACUUUCACGUAAGGGUGGUUUCAGGUACAUGUAGGUCUUCUAAAAUCCCUCAGGGGGAUAUUCCAGAAUGACAUUCCAAAACAGAUACUCAUCUCAGCCAUGAAGCAUUUUGGCAUUCAAAGAACCACAAAGGAGGAACGCAACCUUACCAAUCUAGUACAAAGUGCUAAACAAUAUUAUCUAUUAAAAGAUUUUCAAUUUUAGCAAACUGACAGGCACAGCAACAUUUCUGUUCCAUGUUUUGGCAGUCACUUGUUGCUAGGCAGAAUCUAUGAGGCGGUUUUUUGUUGUAUGUUUUUUAAGAAUGAGCAAAGAAAGCUCACCAGGAUGUUUCUUUGACAGCAGUGAAAGGACAACAUAUAAAAAAUAUCAAAAUAAA